UCACUCACUCACUCUCUCUCUCCCUCUCCUCUCUCUCCUUCCUCCUCCGCCUCCUCAGCUCUUGGGCUAGAAUAUCUAUGGGUCAAAACGUGAUGCGAUGAAUUCGAGAGAGAGCGAAACUAGGACGAGGAGUGCGGCGGAAGCGGCGGGACUCCCGGGCAUGGGGGCUUCACCACAAUAGAGGCAGCGCCCCCACCCGCCCCCGCCAGCCCCUCCGGAGCGAAGCCCCCAAACCCCCUCGGGAAAAGGAUGGCGGCGGCACCUACCCAGAUCGAAGCCGAGCUGUACUACCUGAUCGCUAGGUUCUUGCAGUCUGGACCCUGCAACAAAUACGCUCAGGUGCUAGUGCAGGAGCUCGAGGAGCAUCAGCUGAUUCCGCGCAGCUUAGAUUGGGAGGGGAAAGAGCACGGAAGAAGCUUCGAGGCUGACUGUAAGAGUACACUAUGGAAUGGGUCUGCUUUUGCGGCUCUGCAUAGAGGCAGACCUCCAGAACUACCUGUAAAUUAUGUGAAACCUCCAAAUGUGGUGAAUAUCACCUCUGCCAGGCAAUUAACCGGAUGUAGUCGCUUUGGUCAUAUUUUCCCUUCAUCUGCUUACCAGCACAUUAAGAUGCAUAAGAGAAUUCUGGGGCACUUGUCAUCAGUCUACUGUGUAGCAUUUGACCGAAGUGGGAGAAGAAUUUUUACAGGUUCAGAUGACUGUUUAGUAAAAAUUUGGGCUACAGAUGAUGGACGCCUUCUUGCUACACUUCGUGGACACUCUGCUGAAAUUUCUGACAUGGCUGUUAACUAUGAAAACACUCUUAUUGCCGCAGGCAGGUGUGAUAAGGUAGUAAGAGUAUGGUGUCUUCCAACUUGUGCACCCGUUGCAGUCCUUCAGGGCCAUUCAGCUUCUAUUACUUCCAUACAGUUUUGUCCAUCAACUAAAGGCACAAACAGAUACCUCACUUCUACUGGUGCUGAUGGAACAAUCUGUUUCUGGCAAUGGCAUGUAAAAACAAUGAAGUUUAGAGAUCGCCCAGUGAAAUUUACUGAGAGAUCCAGACCUGGAGUCCAGAUAUCUUGUUCAUCUUUCAGUUCUGGUGGUAUGUUCAUUACAACUGGUAGUACUGACCAUGUGAUUAGAAUAUAUUAUUUGGGUUCUGAGGUUCCUGAGAAAAUUGCUGAAUUAGAGUCACAUACGGAUAAAGUUGUUGCUGUUCAGUUCUAUAACAAUGGAGACAGUUUAAGAUUUGUUAGUGGAAGUCGAGAUGGAAUGGCAAGAAUUUGGCAGUAUCAGCAACAAGAAUGGAAGAGUAUAGUGCUAGACAUGGCUACUAAAAUGACUGCCAAUAAUUUGCCACCUGGAGAAGACAAGAUCACUAAACUUAAGGUGACUAUGGUGGCCUGGGAUGGCUAUGAUACCACAGUUAUUACUGCAGUGAACAAUUUUCUUUUGAAAGUGUGGAAUUCUAUCACAGGACAGCUUCUUCAUACAUUAUCUGGACAUGAUGAUGAAGUAUUUGUUCUGGAAGCCCAUCCAUUUGAUCAAAGGAUCAUACUUUUAGCAGGUCAUGAUGGGAACAUUUUUAUUUGGGACCUUGACCGGGGGACCAAAAUUCGGAAUUACUUUAACAUGAUUGAAGGCCAAGGCCAUGGUGCGGUGUUUGAUUGUAAAUUUUCACCAGAUGGAAACCAUUUUGCCUGCACAGAUUCUCAUGGGCAUUUGCUGCUUUUUGGUUUUGGAUGCAGUAAAUACUAUGAAAAGAUUCCAGAUCAGAUGUUCUUCCACACGGAUUAUCGUCCUCUUAUUCGUGAUGCCAAUAACUAUGUAUUGGAUGAGCAAACCCAACAAGCUCCUCACCUCAUGCCUCCUCCAUUUUUGGUGGAUGUUGAUGGAAAUCCUCAUCCCAGAAAAUUCCAACGGUUGGUACCAGGACGGGAAAAUUGUAAAGAUGAACAGCUUAUACCACAGCUGGGCUAUGUGGCUAAUGGUGAUGGUGAGGUAGUAGAACAGGUAAUUGGGCAGCAAACCAAUGACCAAGAUGAGAGCAUUCUUGAUGGAAUUAUCAGGGAGCUGCAGAGAGAACAAGACCUGAGACUGAUUAAUGAAGGAGAUGUUCCACAUUUUCCAGUUAAUAGAGCAUACUCUGUUAAUGGUGCUCUGAGAAGUCCAAACAUGGACAUAUCUUCUUCCCCAAACAUCAGGCUUUGAAGACAUAGUAGUCAAAUUGAAGGUGUUAGACAAAUGCAUAACAAUGCUCCUCGGAGCCAGAUGGCCACUGAAAGAGAUCUCAUGGCAUGGAGCAGAAGAGUGGUGGUCAAUGAACUAAAUAAUGGGGUUAGUAGGGUACAGGAAUAAUGUCGAACUGCAAAAGGUGACAUAGAAAUCAGUCUUUAUACAGUGGAAAAGAAGAAAAAACCAUCUUACACUACUCAAAGGAAUGAUUAUGAGCCUAGCUGUGGGCGUUCUUCAUGCAGGACACAGCGCAAACGUCAGCAUACUUACCAAACACGGUCCAACAUAGAGCAUAAUUCACAAGCAUCAUGUCAAAAUUCAGGUGUACAGGAAGACUCAGACAGCUCCUGAGAGGAAGAUGAAACUGUUGGCACAAGUGAUGCUUCGGUAGAGGAUCCUGUUGUUGAAUGGCAAAGUGAAAGUUCUUGCAGUGAUUCAUCAAGUGAAUAUUCUGAUUGGACAGCAGAUGCUGGAAUAAAUUUACAACCCCCAAAAAGACAAACCAGACAGACAACACGCAAAAUAUGCAGCAGCUCUGAUGAGGAAAAUUUGAAGCCCCUAGAAGAAAGGCAGAAGAAACCUAAGCAGACUAGAAAGAAGAAAGGAGGACUGGUUUCUAUGGCAGGUGAGCCUAAUGAAGAAUGGUUUGCCCCUCAGUGGAUCUUGGAUACUAUACCCCGACGUUCCCCAUUUGUCCCACAAAUGGGAGAUGACCUUAUCUAUUUUAGGCAAGGACAUGAAGCUUAUGUUCGGGCUGUAAGGAAAUAAAAAAUAUACAGUGUUAAUUUACAAAAACAGCCAUGGAACAAAAUGGAUCUCAGGGAGCAAGAGUUUGUUAAGAUUGUAGGAAUCAAAUAUGAGGUUGGCCCACCCACACAGUGCUGCUUGAAGCUUGCAUUUCUGGACCCAAUUUCAGGCAAAAUGACUGGAGAAUCUUUUUCCAUUAAGUAUCAUGACAUGCCGGAUGUCAUUGACUUCCUUGUGCUACAUCAGUUUUAUAAUGAAGCCAAAGAAAGGAACUGGCAGAUUGGUGAUAGAUUCCGCAGUAUAAUAGAUGACGCCUGGUGGUUUGGGACUGUGGAGAGUCAGCAGCCUUUUCAACCAGAGUAUCCUGAUAGUUCUUUCCAGUGUUACAGUGUUCACUGGGACAAUAAUGAGAGAGAAAAGAUGAGCCCCUGGGAUAUGGAGCCAAUUCCAGAAGGAACUGCCUUUCCAGAUGAAGUUGGUGCUGGUGUUCCUGUCUCCCAGGAAGAAUUGACUGCUUUGCUAUACAAACCCCAGGAAGGAGAGUGGGGGGCUCAUUCCAGAGAUGAAGAAUGUGAACGGGUUAUUCAGGGCAUCAACCACCUUCUUUCCCUGGAUCUUGCCAGCCCUUUUGCUGUUCCAGUGGAUCUCAGUGCCUACCCCUUGUAUUGUACUGUAGUUGAUAAUCCAACUGACCUCAAUACCAUCAGGCGGAGACUUGAAAAUCGCUUUUACAGGAGAAUAUCAGCAUUAAUGUGGGAGGUACGCUAUAUUGAGCAUAAUGCCAGGACUUUCAAUGAGCCAGACAGUCCUAUAGUUAAAGCAGCUAAAAUUGUAACUGAUGUCUUACUUCGAUUUAUUGGGGAUCAGAGCUGUACUGAUAUACUGGAUACUUAUAAUAAAAUUAAAGCAGAAGAACGAAACAGUACUGAUGCAGAGGAGGAUACAGAAAUGGUUGAUUUAGAUUCAGACGGUCCUGGUACUUCAUCUGGAAGAAGGGUCAAAUGCCAAGGCAGAAGACAGUCUUUAAAGUGUAAUCCUGAUGCUUGGAAAAAACAAUGCAAGGAACUAUUGAGCCUCAUUUAUGAACGUGAAGACUCAGAGCCAUUUCGACAGCCAGCCGAUCUUCUUUCUUACACAGGUCAUCAGGAGCAAGAGGGAGAAUCCUCAGAGUCUGUUGUUCCAGAAAGACAACAAGAUUCAUCUCUUUCUGAGGCUUAUCAAGAUGUUAUAGAUACUCCUGUGGACUUCAGCACUGUGAAAGAAACUUUGGAAGCAGGAAACUAUGGUAGUCCUCUGGAAUUUUAUAAGGAUGUUCGCCAAAUAUUCAACAACUCCAAAGCUUAUACCUCUAACAAAAAGUCAAGGAUCUAUAGCAUGAUGCUGCGAUUAUCUGCCUUAUUUGAAAGUCAUAUCAAAAAUAUCAUCUCUGAAUAUAAGUCAGCAAUCCAGAGUCAGAAGAGGAGAAGGCCACGGUACAGAAAACGUCUAAGAAGCAGCAGCAGUUCAUUAUCUAGUAGUGGAGCACCUAGUCCAAAAGGGAAGCAGAAACAAAUGAAGUUUCAGCCUAAAAAUGACCGGAAUACCUCAGUAUCUUAUGCCAGGACUAGCUCUCCUUUCUCAUCUCCUGUUUCAGAUGCUGCUGAAGGGCUUUCACUAUAUCUACUUGAUGAUGAGCCAGAUGGGCCAUUUUCUUCAUCGAGCUUCAGUGGAUAUAGCCGAAGUGGAAAUAGCCAUGACCCAGGGAAAGCCAAAUCAUUUCGGAAUAGAGUUUUGCCAGUUAAACAAGAUCACUCCCUUGAUGGACCCCUUACAAAUGGUGAUGGCAGAGAGCCCCGGACAGGAAUCAAGAGAAAACUACUUAGUGCAUCAGAAGAAGAUGAAAACAUGGGAGGAGAAGAUAAAGAGAAAAAAGAAACAAAAGAGAAAUCUCAUUUAUCCACCUCAGCGAGUGGAGAGUUAGGAUCCAGUUUAAGUUCUGAAAGUACCUGUGGUUCUGACUCUGACUCUGAAUCAACUUCCAGAACAGAUCAAGAUUACGUAGAUGGAGACCAUGAUUAUAGCAAAUUCAUACAAACCAGACCUAAAAGAAAACUCAGAAAGCAACAUGGCAAUGGAAAAAGAAAUUGGAAGACCAGAGGCACAGGAGGAAGAGGCAGACGGGGAAGAUGGGGUAGAUGGAGUAGAGGAGGCAGAGGAAGAGGAGGCAGGGGACGAGGGAGUCGAGGAAGAGGUGCAGGUGGCACUAGGGGGAGGGGAAGGGGGAGAGGAGGAAGAGGUGCUUCUAGAGGAGCUACCAGAGCCAAACGAGCACGUAUUGCAGAUGAUGAAUUUGAUACCAUGUUUUCAGGACGUUUCAGUAGACUGCCUCGAAUUAAAACAAGAAACCAAGGCAGGAGGACUGUUUUAUAUAAUGAUGAUUCUGAUAAUGACAAUUUUGUGUCCACUGAGGAUCCUCUGAAUCUUGGUACAUCCAGAUCAGGCAGAGUGCGUAAAAUGACAGAAAAAGCCAGGGUUAGCCAUCUCAUGGGAUGGAAUUAUUAACAGUUAAUAAAUUUAGAAUAACUUAAAAAAAAAGAUAAUAUCAUGUUGGGGGUCAGGUAUUAUAUGAAGAGAUGACUGAAGAGGAUCCUGUAGGAUGCUUUAGAGUUAUCGGAGAAUGGAACUGGUGGAGCAACAACCUUUCUAUGCCCAAGAGUAGAGUAUCAUUAUCUGAUGUAUCUGUGAAAUAGGAAGGAAUUGAUUCUCCCUAAGUUCUUAGAGAACUGUGUAGACAAAAAUAUAUAUAUAUAUAUUUGAGAGAUAAAAUGCAAGUGUCUUAAAUGGCACUAAUUUCUCAUUCUGAAAUUUCACUGAUUUGACUACACUACUUUCAUGAAUGUCAAGAUAUUAACAUAAACAUUGUUUCAGACACAUUAAAACCUGUGCAAUUUGUAAGGACAUAGAAGAUUUGAGGUCAUAGUAAGUUUGAUCAAAUAGACGUUUAUGAAACACUGAACACAGUGUAUAUAUAAAAUAUAGUCUUUUCAAGCACACAUCUAUGGCAGGCAGAAUUCUAAGAGGGCCUCCAAGAGCCCAAAACCUGGUGUACAUACACCCAGUUAUUCAAUCAAACACUAAUCUUGGUACUGCUGUAAAAUGAUUUUGCAGAUGUAAUUAAGGUGCCAAAUCAGUUGACCUUAAAAUAGAUAAAUUAUCCAAGUGGGCUUGACCUAGCUCUAUAAGCCCUUUAAAUCUGGGUCUAGAGGUCAGAAACAGGACAACCCAGAGAUUCAAAGUAUGAAGAUGAUUUGAUACAAAAGAAAUUUUCUGUUGCUGGCUUUAAAGAUGGAUGGGGUCAUGAGACUCUUCAUGCAUAUGGCUUCUAGGAGCUGAGAGUGAUCUCCAGUUGAUAGCUGGCAGAUGUAGCUAGGAACCUCAGUCCUACACCCACAAAGAACUGAAUUGUACCAACAGGAAUGAGCUCAGAAGCAGAUUAUUUCCCAGAGUCUCCAGACAAGAUCAGCUGACACUACAAUUUCUGCACUGUGAGACCAUGAGCAGAGAACUCAGCUGCUCUGUGCCAGUUUUCUGACCUAUAGAACUAUAUGAGCUAAUAAAUGGGUGUCAUUUUAAGUCAUGAAGUUUGGGAUGAUUUGUUAUGCAGCAAUAGAAAACUAAUACAGUAUUAAUCAAUAAGGAAAUGUCAAUAAAUAUUAAAUAAUUUAUAAGGUACAAACCACUGUCUGUAACUAAAAUUCGAUAAAAUUAAAAGUGAUAAACUAUGCUUCUCCAAAAUCUCAUACAUUUGGAAUUUCAAAAAAAAAGCAAUACUAAGUAGUGUGUAGUUUGAAGAUCAAACUUUAAUGGAAACUACAAAUAUUUGGAAAUAAAUGACAAACUGAUAUGUAAAUCAUAGAUGAAAAAACAAUAACAUAUAUAAACCAGUUUUCCAUAAAUAAUUCUGUUGAUUCAAUACAAUUUCUUUAAUAUUCCCCAUGAGGUUCUUGUGAAAAAAGCAAGUUGAAAGUUGACCCUAAUAUUUAUAUGUAAGAGUAUUCUUCAGGUUUGUACUAUUAAAAAUAAGUUGCAAUCAACAGUCUUGUGCACAUAAAUUUAUAAACUGUUGUGAGAAAGUCCAAACACAAAUGACAAAUGAGAAAAUUUUUUUGAAACACAUACGAUUAAGGACUAAUAUAGAGGACUCUAAUAAAUCAGUUACAAAGUCAGAAAUACAAUAGAAAAUUGAAGAAGAUUGUGAGCAGGAAGUUUAUAAGAAAAAACUUGAACUGGAAAACUUAUGAAAGAUGUCCAACUUCACUUAUAACUGACAGAAUACAAAUUAAAAUUGCAAGACGCAAUCAAUUUACCCAACAUUAAGCUCUUGUGUUUGCAUUUACUGGAAAAAUCUUUGCCCAUCUUACUAUUCUGAUCUAUUCUUCUGUCAUUUUGUUUCAAGAUUUACCCUUAUAAAGAGCAGACAUUUGUUUUACUAAUAUUAUUUUUGUUCCCCAAAGGAGGCUGUAUUUUAAUAAGAAUGUUAAACUCAUUUGUCUUUAUUUAACAAUUAAUUUGUGUUAUUCUUCUGUCACCUUUUUUUCUGUGUGUACUUUAUAUUUGGGAUGUGUAUUUCAUAUUUCUUUUACUUUUUUUAAGUUGGAGGUCUUUGCUUUUAUAUCUUCCCAAACUUUAAUAGGCACACAUAUGGUUUUAAUUCUUUAAAUGAUUACUUUUAAGAUUUUAAAAAAUAUUCUUAAACAUAUAUCUAUCAGUCUAAGAAAGUCAAGACAAAACAUGGAGAUGUAAUUGAAAAAGCAUUAACUAGGACUAGAAUAAUCAUCUCAAUUUAAAUACAGCCUUUGUGCUGGUUGCCAUGUGCAGGCUCUGGGUCUAUGGGUCUAUUUCUUCUAUUUACCUUGACAAAUUGUUUUGUGGCCCAAUUGUAAUACAGGAACAAGGCCUCAAAUAUUAUUAUUGCUGCCAGUUUUAAAUGAUAGCAAAGUGCCAGGCUAUGAAUACUCUAUGUAUUACCUCAUUUAAUUCUUACAGCAUCCUUCGAAAAUGGGUAUUAUUAUUCUCAUUUGACAGUUCAGUAAACUGAGGUUCAUGAAAGGUAAAUGACUUGUGAAAGUCACAUAACUAGUAAAGAUCAGAAUGAGGCCAGGCGCGGUGGCUCACACCAAUAAUCCCAGCACGUUGGGAGGCCAAGGUAGGUGAAUCACUUGAGGUCAGGAAUUCGAGACUAGCCUGCCAACAAUGUGAAACCCUAUCUCCACAAAAAAAAAAAAAAAA